AUGGAAGAGGCGCUCGUUGUCGACUCCAAUGGUGAGGUACUCGGGGUUCCUCGUUCCCCGCCGGUUGGUGUAGAAGAUAUCAGGGUUUGAAUCGGCGACGGCGGUCACCCAUGGCGGCAGGGGAAUGUUGACUGCGUCUCCGACGUUGCCGCCGCACUGGUGGAAGGACAUGAUGGCCUGGAUCUUGAGCCCCACCUCGACGACGAGCUCGAACAGGCUCAUGUAAGGGCCCCACUCGUACUGCUUGGGGCCAUUCUUCUCGAUGAUGCCCCACCACACGUCCACCAUGAUGCCGUCCACACCGGCCUCCUUGAGCUUCUUGAGAUUGGCCCGGAGAUCAUCCGCGUUCUCCAGCACGUUGUCGUAGUUGACGACUCCCAGCUGCACAGAGAGAUCCCACUGCGUCAUCUUCAUCGGGCUACAAGGAAGCGGAGGAGGAGGAGGAGGAGGAGGAGGAGGAGGAGGGGAUUACCGGGAGCAUGACGUAGACGGGAACAUAGUUGGCCAGGAGAUUGUUCGUCUCCGAAGUCACCGUUGGGGCGGUGGCGACCGCGGUGGCCAUGGAUUCUCGAGGGGGUAGCUUGGGGGAGGAAGGGCAGGGAGUCUCCGCAGUUGGAGUGGUAGAGCAGGUCGAUACUUUGCUUGGUUCUAGCUUGGAUGCCCCCAGUCCCUUUUAUAGGUGGCAAACUGCGCAUGGGAGCCUUGCCCUCCCCCCUGUUACUAUCGGAAGGGUCCCAACUGAUCGCCAUUUCGCAGUAAAAAUCGAGAUCUUCUCCGGCUGAGAUGCCACUAAGGGUUAGGGACGGCAUCGAGAGCGUCCCUGCUGCGGAUUUGAAUGGAGCCCACUGGAGAGUUUGGGCCAUCGGAUGAAGGUCCCCACGCUCCGACGAGACGCCACGCUUUCCUCCGGAUCGCUUCUCCAUGGUUGAUUCUUCGGAUGUAAGCCUCUCAUCGGUCGCCUCUACGGUUGCUCAUUCGUUCUCCCUCGAUCGAUUCGACAUUGCUUUCAAACCAGGGUCACCUUCAUUAUCAGCAAGGACGAUUGCUGGUGAAUGGCCAUGGCAGAUGGAGUGGGAAACCAGGGUGGCCACUCGGGGAGGGGGGGGUGAGAGGGGGGGGGGGAGGCUGACAGGGGAGAGAAAACAUCUAGAGCCAGCAAUGGGGGCUCCAAUGGGGAAGCGCCGCGCCACCGGCCGUCACAGUACUUCCCCCUGCCUCUCUGGUAGUCAGCAAACGGGUGGUUUCGGAUGGGGCCGUCCCUCUCGGUCCCGGUAGGUCGAAGAAAGACGUCGCCUUCGUUCAAUUACGCUGAAAUCAACGCCGGGACCUCUCUAUGCCCACUGCCGUCCCCACCGCCGCCGUGUGUCUAGCGAUUGGGAAUCCCCACGCAAUCGGUUUUUUCGCGCACAUGUUCAGAGAGAUAGAUAGCUAG